GUGACGUAACACUCUGGACGACUACCCCAGCGAAGCCCGAAGUUUGUUGCCAGGUGCCUUGCAUGAUUCACAAAGAUAGUUUCCUCAAAGGCUGGGUCGAGCUCCUUCUCCCCGUCAACAGCCUUUAAAAAAACAUUACCGUGUACAAGUGGCCAGGACCCUGGGAGGCAUCGCACACUGGCAAAAUGAGCUUCUUGUUCGGAAACCGUUCGUCAAAAACCUUUAAACCGAAGAAGAAUAUUCCUGAAGGGUCUCAUCAAUACGAGCUGUUAAAACAUGCAGAAGCCACCCUUGGCAGCGGCAACCUGCGAAUGGCUGUGAUGCUACCAGAUGGAGAGGACCUAAAUGAAUGGGUGGCUGUGAACACGGUGGACUUUUUCAAUCAGAUCAACAUGCUGUAUGGGACCAUAACAGACUUCUGCACUGAGGAGAGCUGCCCUGUUAUGUCUGCAGGGCCAAAGUAUGAGUACCACUGGGCUGAUGGGACCAACAUUAAAAAGCCAAUUAAAUGCUCCGCACCAAAGUACAUUGACUACUUGAUGACCUGGGUGCAAGAUCAACUUGAUGAUGAAACACUAUUCCCUUCUAAAAUCGGGGUGCCAUUCCCCAAGAACUUCAUGUCUGUGGCAAAGACCAUCUUGAAGCGCUUGUUCCGUGUCUACGCUCACAUCUACCACCAGCACUUUGACUCUGUCAUGCAGCUGCAGGAAGAGGCCCAUCUCAACACCUCCUUCAAGCACUUCAUCUUCUUUGUGCAGGAAUUCAAUCUGAUUGACCGAAAGGAACUAGCCCCUCUACAGGAGUUGAUUGACAAGCUGACAACGAAGGACAGAUAGAUGGAGAGAGGGAUGAAAACGAGUGAUCCCCUAAUCACACAACUGAUCUCUGUGCCCUCUGUUCUCCUUUGCUUUGUACAGAUGUCCUGCCUUGAUCUAAGCUCAACCGCACGCCAUUGCUACAAUAAUACUAGCUAUGGAGGAAAAAAAAGUAACACUACA